AUGGGCAAGCUGCGAGACUGGCUUCAUGGCGACGGCGACCGCCCGCGCUGGUCGAUGCUGCAGUACGCCGUCGCCGCGUGCGCCGAAGACUUACAGGACGAGCUUCAAGACGAGUCGAACGAUUGGGCGUCAGACAAGUUCACGGGGUACGAAUCAGAGGACGAGUUCGACUCGUGCAGCGAGUGGGACGACGGCGAGGCCGUCGACCGCGCCAAGGAGUGGCUGGGCUGGUCGCCGAUCGAUCGCGAGGCAGACGGGUACGGUCACGAGGACCAGAGGGAGGACAACGUGCCAUUGGACGAUUCUACCUGGGGCGAAUGCAGCGAGGGCCGCCUCGCCGACGACCGUCGGCUGCAAGACAUGGUCGACGCCACACCGGCCGUCGGAUACGACCUCGGCCGCGUCGAGGGCUAUGCCACCGGGUGGCGGGCGCGGGCGAGCGGCCAGGCGCCCAAGCUCCCGGAACCGGCACCGGCAGUGACGACGUGCGAGGCCUACGAAGCGUACCCCGUGAGCUACCCGGGCCACCGGAAGGGACUGCAAGAGGAGCUCUGGGACGAGUGGAAGACAAACCAAGACAGCGCCGCACAGGGGGCAGGCCCGAGCGGGGCGCAAGAGGUGGGCCGCAGCGAGCGGCAGGCCAAGCGCCAGUGCCGCUUCUUCAAGCAGGGAAAGUGCCGGAACGGCGACGCCUGCCAGUUCCAGCACUCCUAG